AUGCAGCAGUCCCCAGGCAACAGCAGCAUCAACAGCAACAUCAACAACAGCAGCAGGCGCGGAGGAGGAUGCGGGGGCGUGCCUGUCAGCUGGUGCUGUGCAACAGGAGCAGGAGGCGGAGGAGAGGGCGGCAGUGGGGCAGCAGGAGCACCAGGUGGAGGCGGGGGCGAGGGCGGUGGGGGGGCAGGGGAGCGGGGAGGAGAAGAGGGACUGGAGAGUAGGGAGGUGGGAGGAGAAGAGGGACUGGAGAGUAGGGAGGUGGGAGGAGAAGAGGGACUGGAGAGUAGGGAGGUGGGAGGAGAAGAGGCUUCGGCAGAGAGUGGGGAAAGGGAAGGAGAAAUGGGGGGGAAGGGGAAACAAGAAGGGGAGGUGAAGCGACAAGAAGAAGGGGAGGGGAACGGGGAAGAGAUGGGGCAGAGAGGUGGGAGGGAGAGAACACAAGGUGGAAGAGUGGGAGAGGAAGGGGAAGAAGGAGGAGAGGAGCAGGAAGGUGGAGUGGGAGGGGAAUGGGGAGGAGGAAGUGGAGGAGGGGAGGAGGAAGGUGGAGUGGGAGUGGAAAGGGGUGGAGGAGGAGAGCAUCUUCAGCAAGAGCUGAGAGUGGAAGUGGGAGGGGAAGGGGGUGGAGUAGGAGGGAGAAAGUCUAAGAAGGGAAGGGGGCAGAGAUGUGGGAGGGAGAGGAGAGAAGGUGAAGGACUGGGAGGGGAAAGGGGAGGAGGGGGAGAGCAACAGCCUCAACAACAGCAGCAGCAGGAGCAGAUUAAUGGGAGGGGAAGAGGGGGUGGUGAAGGAGGAGUGGGAGGGGAAGGGGGAGGAAGAGGAGAGCAACAGCAUCAGCAAGUUCCAGAAGGGAUUACAGUAGUUACACACAAGGGCCGGACAGAGUGGUUUUCGACAUCGGAGUUGGAGGAGGGGAAGGAGCGAUGUCACGACCCGCGUCAGCGGGUGUUCGGUCGGAUACUUCGCUCAAGAAUCUUUCACGGUAUCUAUGGGGCGUCGGAGGGGGGUAAAGACAAGUACAGAAUUCGAGUUCAGGGGAAACACAUCGGAUACUUCUUGAAGGCAGACGCUGGAGUCGCCUCGGAGCUGGCGCACAUCCUCUCAGGAGUUGAAUUCCCCAUUGCUUUUGUUUUCAUCACAGAAGCGCAGUUCAAGACUGCCGUGGAUCGGGGUGGAAUAAAGGAAGGGGAAUUGUGGCACAAAGUGAUUGCGGAUUUGUCCCGUGUAACAGUGUAUCGUGGGGAGAAUGAGGAGACUGAGGAGGAUGAGGAGGAGGAUGAGAAGAUUGAGGAGGAUGAGGAGGGGGGUGAGGAGGAGGAUGAGAAGAAUGAGGAGGAUGAGGAGGAUGAAGAGGGUGAGAAGGGUGAGGAGGAUGAGGAGGAGGAUGAGGAGGAGGAUGAGGAGGAUGAAGAGGGUGAGGAGGAUGAGGAGGAGGAUGAAGAGGGUGAGGAGGAUGAGGAGGAUUGA